CGUUCGUUAUCGCCGCAGUAUAUAACAUCGACGUCUAGCAGAAAAUCGAAACGUGUCAAAAUGGCGAUAUCGGGAAAUAUUCUCGUUCUUUUGUGUCUGACGGGGUUGACUUUCGGCGUCAACGACGUCGUCCAGAAGGCGUUCAGAGACGCGGAAAUCUACCCCGACAUAAUAUCCUCCUUACCCGAAGAGUUUACAGAAGCCGACUAUGUUUCAAGUGUGGUAGUUUUGGGCAACGAACUUUCUACGAAUGAGAGUUCGUCCGAACCGGAAGUGCACUUCCCUUCGAGCGACCCGAACAGCACCUACACCCUGGUGCUGGCCGACCCGGACGCGCCCAGCAGGCAGAGCAGGGAGAACGCGUUCGUACGUCACUGGUUGGUGACCAAUAUUCCGGGAUCCGACUUUGCUGUCGCAAACGGUGACGUGGUAACCCCGUACCGCGGCCCCGGCCUUCGGUCGGCACCGGCCUGCACCGCUACAUCUUCCUGUUGUACCGCCAGACGUCGCCCUUGAACGUGUCGAUUCCGUCUACAGAACGCGUCAAGUGGCCCUUGGAAGAAUUUGUCCGCGAAAACGGGCUCGUAGGUCCGGCAGGCGGCAACUUCUUCGUCGCUCAGCAUGACUGAUGACGUGUUACUAGCCGACGGGGGGCGGGGGAAAGGGUGGAUAUUAAAAAACAAAGAAUAAU